CUCAUUCUCGCCAGAUGGCACUCGCAUCGCGACUGGUUCUUCGGAUCGCACUGUCCGGCUGUGGGAUCCAGCCACACGGCAGCCAGUUGGUGAGCCCUUGAAAGGGCACACUAGUUAUGUUAGCUCAGUCUCGUACUCGCCGGAUGGCACUCACGUCGUGAGUGGUUCUUGGGAUCACACCAUCCGACUGUGGGAUGUAGGAAUCAGGCAGCCCGUGCAAAAGUACACCGACUCAGAGUCAGAUCAUUCAGUAUCCUCAGAUGAUCAUUGCAUCAUGCAUCCCAUCGAGACCACCACUGCCAAGACACGCAACAAUCGCCUCAUUCGCUUCUCGUCUAAUUCUGCCCAUGCGCUGUGCAACCCUACUGAGUUAAUGGCGGGAGCCUUCCGUGAUGACCAACAGUCGACCUCCUUUAUCCUGGAUCAUGACGGUGGGUGGGUAGUAGGACCCAAACAACAGCUCUUAUUCUGGGUACCACCCGCUUCUCGAGCCCGAUUUUAUUGUCCUCGGACUGCAUUAGUGAUACCUAGAGGAGCAUGUCCGGAGCUUGAUUUGAGCCGCAUGUCACAUGGACGACAUUGGCAAAAGUGCCGCGAUUUGUGA